GUUUGCUCCUCCUCUCUUCCUGGUUUUGCAUUCCUCUGGUCUUUUAUCGUCUCAAGAAGAACCAUUACCAUCUUUUCCCACCCACUUCUCUCCUCGAGAUCACGAUGCACCGUAACGACCCACUAUACGGUGGGGGUUUGGCUGAAGCAGGGGAUCAGGAAGGCAAGACUACCGGAGGAGAAGAAAAGAAGAUGGGCAAUAAAUCCUUGUGCUGGCCAAAUAUUAAUGAGGCAGUAGAGGAACUCAUCUCACUGUACCAAAUCGUUUGGCCCAUAGUGAUAACAAGCUUCCUCCUCUACUCCAGGUCAGUCGUCUCGAUGCUUUUUCUGGGCCACCUCGGUGAUGCUGAGCUUGCCGGAGGAUCGCUUGCCAUUGCCUUUGCCAACAUCACCGGCUACUCUGUCCUCAAGGGCCUCGCCAUGGGCAUGGACCCCAUCUGCGGCCCGGCCUUUGGAGCCAAGCGGUGGGCCGUCCUCCGCCGGACUUUCCAAAAGACCAUUCUCCUCCUCCUCCUCUCAACCAUACCUAUCUCUGUCCUCUGGAUCAACAUGGAGCCCAUCCUACUACACCUGGGCCAGGACCCAGCAAUCUUUCCCUCUGCAAAGUGUUACCUCCUAUUCUCCUUCCCUGACCUCCUAGCCCAAUCCUUCCUCCAUCCACUAAGAAUUUUCUUAAAAGCCCAAAGCCUCACCACCCCUCUUACCUUCUGUGCUGCCUUGGCCCUCAUCCUUCACAUCCCCAUCAACUGGCUCCUGAUAUCAUACUUUAACCUGGGAGUGAAAGGAGUGGCUCUAGCUUCAGCUUUGAACACAGUUAACAUCAAUAUGGGCCUAGUGGCCUACCUGCUGCUAUCUGAGAAAGCUCUUAAGCCAUGGCAUGGAACCUCGCUUGCAUGCUUCCAAGAAUGGGCACCCCUCGUCAAGCUCGCCGCCCCGAGCAUGGUGUCUGUGUGCCUUGAAUGGUGGUGGUAUGAGGUGAUGCUGAUUCUCUGUGGCCUUCUAUCUGAACCCCAGCCCAGUGUCGCUGCAAUGGGUAUUUUGAUACAAACAACAGGCCUCAUGUACGUCAUCCCAUCAUCUCUCGGUAUGGGCCUGUCAACACGGGUGGGCCAUGAGCUGGGCGCAGGCCAGCCGGCUCGGGCACGACGUGCGGCGAGCACGGGCCUCGUGGUGGCAAUGGUGUUUGGGCUCGCGGCGUUUGUGUUCACGGUGGCCGUCAGAGGUGUGUGGGGGAGGAUGUUCACCGGCGAGACGAGAAUUCUAGCACUGACCGCGGCGGCGCUGCCAAUCGUCGGGUUCUGCGAGCUCGGGAACUGCCCACAGACGGCAGGUUGCGGGGUUCUGAGAGGGAGUGCCCGGCCCACGUUCGGGGCGAACAUUAACUUUAGCUCGUUUUAUCUUGUUGGGCUUCCAGUAGCCGCCGUGGCGGGGUUCAGACUGGGGCUGGGGUUUGUGGGGCUGUGGCUUGGGCUGGUGGCGGCCCAGGCCUCAUGUGCGAGCCUGACGCUGUACGCGGUGGCGCGGACGGAUUGGGAGGCGCAGGUGGAGAGGGCGGAGGAGCUGACGGGGGGUGGGUUUGGGGAUGGGGAGGAGGAUGACUUGGAGGCCAGCCUUCUUGGCUGA